UGAAGGGAACAUGGGACAUGGGGUGAUGGGGCUACAGGACAUGGCAUGAAGGAGGUGUGGGACAUGGAGCGAUGGGGUUUGGGGAUGUGGAGUGAAUAGGACAUGGGACAUGGAGUGUUAGGGAUGUGGGCCAUGAGGUGUUGGGGACAUGAGGGAAGGGGAUGUGGGACAUGGAAUGGUGGGGACUUGGGACAUGGAGUCAUGAGGAUGUGGGACACGGAGUGGUUGGGACAUGGAGUGGUGGAUACAUGGGGUACGGAGUUGACGUGCAACAUGAAGUCAUGGGGAUGUGAGAUGUGGGUGAAGGGGACAUGGGUGAAAGGGGUGUAGGACAUGGAGUGAUGGGGACAUGGAAUGAUGGAGAUACAGGACAUGAAGGGGACAUGAGACAUGGAUUGAAGGGAACGUGGUACAUAGAGUAAUUGGCACAUGGAGUGAUGGGGACGUGGCACUCAGAGCCUGAAGCUGAGGGGCUCUCAGCAGUGCCCACCCUGUGUCCUGUGCCCACCGUGUCCUUGCGCCUGCGAUGCUCAUACACCUGGCGUGUCCCUACACCCCUGUGCCAUUGUGCUCCUGUCUUUGCCAACUCUUUGCCAUUCCUUCAGAAAUGUGGCUGGUUCCGGCCCAUUUUCCCAGGAGGGUUCUUGUGGAGGGCUGCAGGGGUGAGGACGUUAGGGGGGUGUUUGGGGCAAGUGCUGAUGUGGGGACCCAGUGGGGUGUCUCCGAACCCAGCUCCCUGCCCCUGCUGGGACAGGAUGGGAUGGGGAUGGUUUGGGAAUGUUACAGGACAGAAUGGGGACAGCCAGGAGGGGUAUAGGGACAAUAAGGACCAGAAGGAUGGGGACAUCAAAAGGGGUUGGAACAGGUUGGGGACAGGGAGGAUGAAGAUGUGGAUGAUGGGGAGAGGAUGGGAUGGGGAUGCAUAGAACUGGGACAGACAGGAGAGGGACAACCAGGAUGGGGACAGGGAUGACAAGGAGCAACAGGAUGGGGACAAGAAGGAUGGGGACAGAAUGGGAUGGCAACAGGGAGGGACAGGGACAGGAUAGGAUUAUUAGAGGUUUGAAUGGGGAUAGACAGGAUAAGGACAGGGACAGGAUGAGAUGAGGACAUCUCAAAAGAGGUAGGGACAGGCUGGGGACAGGGAGGAUGGGGACAGGAAGGAUAGGAAGAAGAUAGGAUAGGAGCAGCAUAGAUGAGGACAUGGGUGAUGGGGACAAGGUGGGAUGAGAAUGCACAGGACUGGAACAACCAGAAUGGGGACAGGGGUGAUAAGAACCAACAGGAUGGGGACAAGAAGGAAUGGGACAGAAUGGGAUGACGAUAGGACAGAAUGAGGAUGGGAAAAGGAUGGGAUGGGGACAGGAUGGGGUGGGGACUUCCAGGAGGGGAACAGGCAGGUGGAGACAGCCAGGAUGGGGACAGAGAUGACAAGGACCAUGCAGAAUGAGGACAGGAUAGGAUGGGGGCUGUCAGAAUGGGUGGGGACAGAUUUGGGAUGGGGAGGAUGGGGACAGGACAAAGUAGGAAUAGGAUGGAUGGGGACAGGCAGAGGUGGGGACAGGAUGGGAUUAUUACAGGAUCAAAUGGGGAUGGUUGGGAAGGGGAAAGCCAGGAUGGGGACAGGGACAAUGAAGGCUAGCAGGAUAAGGACAGGGAAAAUGGGGACAGGGUGGGAUUGUUACAGGACAGAAUGGGGACAGCCAGGAGAAGGACAGCCAGGAUGGGAUGGGGACCAUCAGAAGGGGUUGGCAACAGGGAGGAUAAGGACAGGGUGGGGUGGGAGUAAACUGAGAUGGGAACAGGGAGGAAUUAUUACAGGACGGAACAAGGACUUCCAGGAGGGGAACAGAAGGAUGGAGGUGACAGGGAUGGAAUUGUUGCAGGACAGAAUGAGGACGGCUGGGAAGGGGACAGGGAAGAUGGGGACAGGAUGGAAUUAUUACAGGACAGAAUAAUGGGGACAGGAAGGAUGGGGAUAGGACGGGAUGGAGACGGGGAUGAUGGGGACAGGAUGGGAUGGGGACGGGGAUGAUGGGAACAAAGAUGAUGAGGGCAGGGAGGACGGGGACAAGAUAGGAUGGUGACAGAGAUGAUGGGGACAGGAUGGGAGGGGGACAGAGGGGAUUGGGUCAAGGAGGACGGUGGCAGCAUGGUUCACUCCAGCAUGGAGAUAGCCAGAAGGGCCCAACCACACCAGGGCCAGCCAGGAGGGGCCGCCACAUCCCCACCACCAUCACCACCACCACCACCACCCUAUAACCCCCCUCAUCCCCAUCCCAUCCUUCCGUUCCCUUCCUUUCUCUCUCCCUCCCUCCCUCUCUCCCUCCCACUGCGGCCUCCGGGCAGGGGAUGUGGGCCGUGGGGGUGCUGGGGCUGGGGGCCCUACUGGCCUGGCUGCCCCCCGCCCACGCUGACACCUUCUCAGCGCUGCGCAGCGUCCGACAGGCACGGGGCAAUGAGGGGCGGCUGCUGCGGAGGCUCCGCGCGUACCUACGGGAGGAGAGCGCCCGGCUCCGCCGCCUGAGCAGGUUCUAUGAGAAGGUCUGGGCGCUGCACCAGGACCCCGGUGCCUCGGUGGACAACCCCUUGUUGGCCUUCAGCCUCAUCAAGCGCCUGAGCUCUGACUGGCCCAGCGUCAUCUACAGCAGCGAGGCCACCGAAAACAGCCGUGUGCUCCAUGCCGGAUUCCAGGAGUUGCAACGGGAGCUGCCCGGAGCUGAGGACCUGGAUGGGGCGGCGCGGGCGCUGAUGCGGCUGCAGGACGUCUACGCACUCAGCGUCAAGGGCAUGGCCAAUGGCCUCUUCCAGCCCACCGGCACCGACCGCCCGCCCCUGUACAGCCCUGGCCGGCGCGUCUCGCUCUCAGCUGAUGACUGCUUCCAUGUGGGAAAGGUGGCCUAUGACACGGGUGACUACUACCACUCCAUCGCGUGGCUGGAAGAGGCCGUCAGUCGCUUUCGCCUCUCCUAUGGCAGAUGGAACCCGGAAGAGGAGCGGGGCAGCCUGGAGGACGCGCUGGACUACCUCGCUUUCUCCUACUUCAUGGCUGGAAACAUCUCCCAUGCAUUGGCUCUCUCCAGGGAGUUUCUCCACUAUGAUCCCAGCAACCAGAGGGUGACAAGGAAUGUGGCCAAGUACGAGAAGCUGCUGGCAACAAGCGGGGACCAUGUGGGGAGACCCCUGCAGCGCCCCAAUGUCACCCAGCUGCAGAACCGGGAUGCCUACGAGGAGCUGUGCCAGGGCCUGAGGUCACAGAUGGCCCCAGAGCGGCCUUCACACCUCAGCUGCUCCUACGAGACCAAUGGCAGCCCCUACCUCCUGCUGCAACCUGCCAAGAAGGAGACGCUGCGGCUCCGGCCCUACAUCGUGCUGUACCAUGACUUUGUCAGCGAUGUCGAGGCCGAGACCAUUAAGGGGCUGGCGGGGCCCUGGCUGCAGAGGUCCGUAGUUGCCUCUGGAGAGAAGCAGCAGAAAGCAGAGUACCGGAUAAGCAAGAGUGCCUGGUUGAAGGACACGGCCGACCCCGUGGUGCGGGCGCUGGAGCUGCGCAUGGCAGCCAUCACCGGCCUGGACCUGCGGCCACCCUACGCCGAGUACCUGCAGGUGGUCAACUACGGGCUGGGCGGCCACUACGAGCCCCACUUCGACCACGCCACGUCCAGGAAGAGCCCCCUUUACAGAAUGAAGUCGGGCAACAGGAUCGCCACGGUCAUGAUCUACCUGAGCGCGGUGGAGGCUGGUGGCUCCACUGCCUUCAUCUACGCCAACUUCAGUGUGCCAGUGGUUAAGAAUGCAGCCCUGUUCUGGUGGAACCUGCGAAGGAAUGGUGAUGGUGACGGGGACACCCUACACGCUGGCUGCCCCGUGCUGGCUGGGGACAAGUGGGUGGCAAACAAGUGGAUCCACGAGUACGGGCAGGAAUUUCGGCGGCCGUGCAGCCAGGACCCCCAGGACUGAGCCACCACGUGGGCUGAAGGACGUAGCUCCUGACCUGGAUGCUGUCACUGUCACCGUGGCAGUGAAAAGCCACCCCAGCACAGCGCAGCCCCCCUGGGGUUCAUCCAAGAGGAGAGCAGGGUGCUACACGGGGAGGAUGUGCUUGCUCAGCUGUGGCUUCCCUCUGGGAAAUCUGCUGAAAAUAAAAUUGAAGGAGACCCAACUGGA